UGAAGACACUAAGCAAGUAUCCUCUUAAAAAAAAUGAAAUUAAAGACACCGCGGGCUAGCCAUGGUAGACGCCAUGCCCGUGGUGCAUAAGAUGUGCCAUCCAUAAAUCAACCGUAGGUUGGUUGUGGCAUAUUCCAUGCCUUUGGUGCGCUCCAGUGCCAUCCGCAUGUCAACAACAGUUUUCUCCAUGGCCUGGUCAUAGUAAAUACCAUGAUCGUGGCACGUCUAGGUGCUCUUUAGCGGAAAAAAAAAUUCUAAGAGGUGUAUGAAUAAUAAAAAGGGGGCCGCAAAAAGUAAAUGACGAAAUUUUUUUCCCUUUCUUCUAGGACACAGAGCUUCCAUAUUCUCCUUUCCUCUUCUCGAACCCUGCCCAAACACCAUAGCCACAACAACACCUCCAUCACCAAUCACCAUGGCAACCACUGUGCAUCCACACUUCAUUACCUCACAGCCAUAACCUCACACCAACCCGCCAUCUACGGUGUUCCAUUGCCAUCACUAGCGCGCCACCACCACGGUGCUCCACCUCCCUUCCCCAAAUCACCAACCUGCGGCCUCCAUAGCCAUAACCCACCUAACAUCCGUGACCCACAUCCAAACCAAACACCGUUGCACCAGCAUACCAACGUACCGCGACCACCACCACUCCGACAUAUGACUUCUAUCUCGAAUGCUACCUGGAUGAGUUCCCUUCACCACCCUCUUAGCGGAGUUGGCAACACAUUCUUGGCCAAGGGGGUGAGGAUGAGCCUGAUAAUGCUGUGGAUAUGGGGGAGGUCUAUGAUGACUUGUCCUCCCAAGGAACUUUGUUGAAGCUCAAAUCAAGCAAAGAAGAGUCCAUAGGUAGCUACAUUGGAAGAAAAAUGUUAAAUUCCAACACAAGAGAACACCAUGGACUAUUUGUGGUAACUACUAGGGCUGACAAAAUGAACAAGUCAGGCCAACCAACCUGGUCCAACGUGAAAAUGAAUUUGAGCUAACCUAGGCCCAAAUCCCUAUGCUAGUUAGCUAGGAUUUCUUGGGCCCAAUCCACCCUAGUGUUAGGUCAUUGGGCCUAUUCGGGAUAAUUUAGAAGUAAAUAAAAAAAAGUAAAA